AUGUUGGAUCAAUUUUCUAAUAUAAUUAGUUGGCCUAAUAAAAGUCAAAUUGAUGAAAUUUUUUAUGGAUUUGAAUCUAUUUCUUCAUUUAACUCUUCUUUAAAAAAAGUAAUUAGAGCUGUUGAUGGUUUUCAUAUUUGUAUUUUACCUACAAUAAAAAAUUUUGAAAGAUAUAUUAAUCGUAAACCAGGUAGUGUUUAUGAUGCUCGUGUAUUUCAAAGAUCUUCUUUAUUUCAUGAAAUUCAAACAAAUAAACAAAGAUUUUUUCCUAAUAAUACUUAUAUUAUUAGAGAUUCAGCAUUUAUGUUAAGGUCUUGGCUAAUGACACUAAUUAAACAAUAUAAUAAUCGAAUACAAGAAGAGAGAAAUUAUAAUAAAAUUUAUUCUUCAACUCAUACUUUGAAUGAUAUAGUUACAAAUUUAGGUGGUGAUGAUAAUUAUUUUAAUGCAUACGAAUUAAAUGAUAGACAAAUAGAAAAUCUUAGAAAACAAAGAAGAUUAGAAAUAAUUCAAGAAUUGAGAUAA